AUGACUGUCAUAGCUUGGAAAGCACCCAUCGACGCCCAUAGACGAUUGGCUGGUGCAGCAUUGGUGGAACUGAAAUUCGGCAACAUGUUGCUUGACGAAAGCCAAUUCCAGAGUAUCAUCUUUAGCUGUAUGGAAUAUGCAGAUUUAGCAAGCGCAUACCCAACCGAGGACACCGAUCUUCUAGUUCAGCUAAUAGACGAGAUGCACAGAGUCACGGUCAGGAUUUCCGAGAAGGAGACUAUUGUUACCGGGCAAAGCAACCCGGAUACAAAUGUCCCUCGAACCCAUCAUCAAUGCUACAGGCUCAAGCACCAAACCGAUAAAGAUUCUGUAAGGCUUUGGCCAUCAGACCCUAUGUAUCUCGGAAUUAAUUUUGGGCUUACUUGGCAUGUCCAGGAAAAGGUUAAAGGCCAACCCCUAGAGACACAGGGGCAUAGUGAGCACUCUUACCUGAUUUGCGCACUUGGAUGUGACGAGCCUCGCGCCUUCUUCUUGAGGUUCCGCGAUUGGCCUGAAGAAAAGAUGUGCAUAGCAUCGUCCACCAUGCCCAAUACCCAGUAUAACGUCAAUAUGAUCAAUGCCAGGUUCAAAGCCAGCAUGGCCAGGUCCUCAUCUGCACCAUGUAGUAUUACCAUUGAACCUUGGACGAGAAUAAUCAGGCCCCUGCUAGAGGCCGGUGCCAGUCCCAACUAUAGAUCCACAUUGAGCAUCGCUGUUUCACCAAUGGUCAAGACUCUCACACCUUGGGAACACCUUGUUAGUUCCCUAACGAACAGUGAUAUAGUACAACAUGAAAAGGAUUACUGGAUGGAGGCUGCGUGGCUGUUCAUCAAGCAUGGUACCAAACUUGACAAUACAAAUCCAGGAAACCUUUUAGAGUACGAAAAAGCGAUCUCAGAUAUUCUAAGCAGGAAAAGAAAAGAUACCAUGGGUAUGACCCUUACUCACUCAAAGGGUAAGAGUAACUCACGUCUUGCCAAUCUGUUCAAGUGGAGCAGGAACAAAUCGGCAAAAUUACGAUCUGGCCCCUCGAAAAACCCACUUCAUGGUCGAAAAUGA